AUGCAAAUCAAGUUCUUUUCGCUCGGUUUACUCGCUGCUGCUGUAGCUGCUGUUGCUGCUGAUACUAUCAGGGCCCAGGAUACUGAUGUCAGAGCCCACAACACUUUGUCUGGUAUCGCCAACGGUGCCAAUGUCUAUGACAUUGCCAAUGACCUUCGUGCUAAUGUUGCUUCUGGUGCCUUAUCCCGUAGAAAGGUUGCUGAUGCUAUUCGUCGUCGUCACUUGGCUCGCUUUGCCAGUCGUAGUGAAAACGAAGCCGACGAGGAGGAGGAAGAUGAGAAUGAGAACGAAGAAGAUGAAGACGAGAGCGAAGCUGAUGAGGAAGAAGCUGAUGAAAACAAGGUCAAUGAAAGUAGUGUUAGCAAGGUAAUGCGCCGUUCCAAGAUGGCUGCUGCUGCUGUCCAAGAAGAAGAAGAAGAAGAAGAGCUUACUCGCCGUUCUGAAGACGAGAAAGACGAAGACGAGGAGGACGAGAAGGAGCUUACCCGUCGAAGCGAAAUGGACGAAGACGAAGAAGAGGAGAAAGAGGUUACUGCUGCUGAAAAUGAGGCCGAUGAAGAAGAAGAGGAUGAGGAAGAACUUGCCCGCCGUUCUGAGGAUGAGAAAGACGAAGAUGAGGAGGACGAGGAUGAACUUGCCCGCCGUUCCGAAGCUAACGAGGAUGAAGAGGAGGACGAUGAAGAAGAGGAGGACGAGGAGGAGCUUACUCGUCGAAGCGAAACGGACGAAGACGAAGAAGAGGAGAAAGAAGUUACUCAACCCGAGACUGAUGAGAACGAGGCUAAUGAGAAGACCAUGGAAAAGCGCUCUACACUUUCAAGCGUUCCUCUUGUUGACUCUGUCUUGGGCGAUUCUGAUGGCGAGGGAGCUAACCGUGCCAGCUUUACUGAUGGUCUCAUUUAA